CAUAAUCCAAAAAUGAUCGAAACGCCGUGCAUAUGCAAAGAAAAAAAGGAGGAUGCGGAAGGAGAGGAAAUUUCUUUCGGUCCUCGAACCGAUGACAUUUAUCGAACCUGUAAUCUUCCAACACGAUUUAUGUACCCACGUAAGUCUGUAUAAUUUAUUAACGUGACGUUUUUCAUAUUUAACAAGUGACAUGGCCUUAAUUGUACGACCAGAUCGGUUCUCCAUGCAUCAAUCGAUAUUUUCAAUCUUAUUUUAUUCUUUUACGAAAAUGUUUCUCUCAAACGUUUUAUGAAGUUCGUUGAAUUGGUUCGGAGAUUGAUUUCGCGUGUCGUGAAAACAUCUCAUUUCGCGGUAGACUACACGACAAGAAGUUCUUCGUACUAAAACGAUAACGCUCUGCUAUUAAUAAGUCAGUGUUGACGAUCGGUACGUUCGUCGAAGCUUAUCGGUAAUACAGACAUUUUUGCACAUGUCACAGAAACCUUUCACAAGAUAGGUUUUGCUUAAAAUAUACGCGAUUCCGUCACUUCAUGUAUUUUCCGUUUAAGAGAUUAACUUCGCUUCGUGAUAAAAGAAAAAAGAUGAUUUGAAACGUGUCGAAAUACAUAUAUCUACGCUCAAGUUCACUUGUGAACGUUCAUGUUUCUCAGAUACGUUUCUUUUGCCAUAAGAGUGAAGCGUGUAUCUGACGCUCUCGGAUAUUAAAAACGUCGCUUUAACAUUUUCAUUUGGAAAUCACCUGUUUAAAAUAAGAACACGUUCGUCUCUGGUUCGAAUAUUCAUUUCGCGAAACAUCGGCGUAACACUGUGAACGCUAGAUUCAAAAUUCUAUAGCGUCGUGUUUCUCGGUGUCUCGAACAAUGUGAAACGACUCUACAGGAAAAUAACUUGCCCGACGCGAAACCUCGAAUCACGAGAUUGCGGGAGACGGUGAAUAAAUGUGUCCUUUGAAAUCUCAGCCAUGCUUCCAGAACAGUGACAAAGAACAGUUUUCAUAUACGCGAAACGAACACAUAACAUUUCAUCGAUAAAAAUACAGGCAAGGUUCCCGCGAAGGGUCCUUAUCUCUCUAAAACUCCGUGGAAAUUAUGAAUUUGAAUAUCAGCUACGAAGAAACAGCUACUUUGAAUCGAUGUGCAAACGUUGAUUUCAAUAAAAUUGAAUUUCAAGAUGAAACGUUGCUAUGUAACCGUAUCAUCCGCGGACACAGAGCCACUGUUAAAGUGGGCAACAGCGGGGCGUGUGUUUAAAAUGAAUAAAACAUCCAAUUUCCGCGGAACUGAACUUCAUCGUCGAGUUAUACUGUACACGGUAUGGCUGAUAUAUUUGUCCAAUCGUAUCUGACCAACGGUAACCGUCGGGUUGUUCCCUUGGCUGCACAUCGAAACUCUGCUCUUCCACGCAUUCAGUGCGUAUCCAGCAUCUGAGCACACCAUGUGCUUCCUCUUGCUCGUUUAUCUCCUCUUAUCAGUCACCACUCAAGACGUUCGCGCGGAGGAAAUCGACUGCCAAGUUUAUAACCAUCUUUACGUUUGUCUGGCUAACGGCGUGUUGUACAGUGUCGCGUUCGAGGAUGUCAACGCGGUGCAGACGAUCGAGGACAUAGAGCUACACCUGGAGGGUCUUGGGAUCAUCGACAUAGCCAAGGACGCUUUUCUCGAAGUCAGCAACUCAUCCGCCUUGUAUAUUCGUGACAACCAGUUGUCUACAAUUUUUAGACACUAUUUCGCUGGUUUGGACCAACUGACGUAUUUGGAUCUGAAGAAUAACAGUAUAACCGAGAUAGAAGACGGUGCCUUUGCCAAAUUGUACAGUCUAGAAACGUUGCUGCUAGAUAACAAUAAUAUUACUGCGUUUCGACCUGGAAUGUGGAAGGGUCUCACCGAUCUUCGUGAAUUGUACGCCACAAAUAACAACAUUGCCUUGAAGAGAAACAUAUUCAGAGGACUUCGACACCUGGAAACCUUAGCGUUGGAUUGUAACGGGAUCACAGAGAUACCUAUUGGAGCGUUUAAUGGACUGCCUCACAUCGAUCUCCUCUAUCUGUCGAGAAACAAAAUUUCGUCCCUGCAACCCGAGGUUUUUCGUGGUCUUGGUGAAAUCAAUGAACUAGACCUGGGACGGAAUCGAUUGAAAAACGUGUCUGGAGGAAUUUUCCGACAUCUGAAAAAUUUAAAUUCUUUGUGGCUCAACGGGAAUCAAAUUGUCAUGCUGAAGGGGGACGCUUUCGAUGGAUUGGAUAAUUUGUUGCUUCUGUUCUUGAACAGCAACGAACUGCGUUUUGUGGACAUGUCCGUUUUCGUCAAGAUGAAGAACGUUACCACCGACCCAGGCUUCAAGAUAGCCGGGACGACUGUUGAUAAUGUUUCCAAAGUGCAAGGACGAUUUCGGUGCAGCAACGUCGAGUAUCAGCUGCCCUACGAGUGCACAGAGAUCGAGUCUCAAGUUCAUUAAAAUACGGUUUACAGAGUGAACAGUGUUGCUUCGAUAUAGAAACGCGAAUCUGUAUCCGAAAUGUCGUUUGACAAAUUUUUAGUUAUAUAGGAUAUGCUUGUUAAUGAUGAUUUAUGUAAAGUAUUGGAAAAUAUAGUAAUACAACGAAACAGAGACGUUACACUGCAUUUAUCUAUUUAGGGGUAAAGUGCAAGUUUAUCCGAUAAAAAUCGUUUUUCCAGGAGUGUUCAAAGGAUACCGACAGGACGAGAGUCCGCCUCCGCAUCCUUGUUACAGGAGCUCGUCGAUGGAUUACGGAUGCGACAACCAGGCCCGUGGUGGCAUGUACCGUAAUUGCUCGCUCAAUACGGAACUGGAUAAAAGCAUGGUUUAAUUUU